AUGCUUACUAUGUUGCGAGCUGGCUCUCAGAGCGAUGAUGGCUCUGACACAACCGAGGAGAUAGUAAGAGACGGGUACCCGUAUUAUUUCAAGAAAAAUAAUGGCCGCAUGGUGAUGGCAAGAAAGAUUUCUACAAAACGUGGAAAGAAAAACUUCAGUUUGCUAGGUCAAGCUUUCGGGAUCCAUGAACCCAAGAGAAAAACUUCCAUAGAGGCCUUGAGGAAGAAGAAGAAACUGGCGCGCUUUCCUAUCCCACGACCUCCUCAUUCGACAGCGCACCCACCACAAAACUUUCCCAUCUUUGCACCACCACCAAUUCCUUAUGCGCCAAACAUCCCUCAACAGCCCUUCCCGAAUCCCAAUUUCUUUGCUCAAACAGCCCCUGGAUUUCCUCCUUUCUACCCUGUUCCUGGAUUUCCUGCUGCUCCUGCGCCUGUGCCGGCAUCGACAACAGCACAGCAACCCAUGCGAUUUGCGUUUCCACCAAAAGUAUCAAAGUCCCCAGAUUUUGAAGAUCUUCGAAAAGUAGAAUCCGACUUUCUUAAGAGGGAGAAGUCAAAGUCAAAAAGAGACGGAAACAAUGAUGACCAUACAGAGAUCAAGACUACCACAACGACCGUCAUCACCAAACAUAUCUGUGUCGGCUGCCAGAGAGAUCGUUCUUCUAAGUACCAUCUUGAAAAUCCAAUCAAGGCUGGCGAGACUCCUACUCCUGGGUUUUGUCGCAGGUGUCGCAGAAACGUUACUUCUACUAGUGGCUCAAGUAGUGAUGAUAGUGAUGACAGUGAUUCAAGGAUUGAUGGAUAUGGAGGAAGAGGAAGAAGAAGAAGAAGAACAAAAGAGAGAGGUUCGAAGAAGCAUUACAGACGCAAACCUAUGUCUCGAGCUCGUUCAACUGAAUUCUUGAGCCGAGAUGAUGAGGGAAGAGGCAAUGCUCACUGUAAAGACCAUCGGCCUGAAGUCGUCGUUGAGGAGAAAGUUACACACGAACGCGAAACCGCACCCAAGGACCCAGCUCGACGAAGUGAGGACAACUCGAAACACUCAGCAUCCAGAAGCUACACUCGUACUCGUGAAAGAGAUAUCGUUGAUGAAGACUCUGCUGCUAGAGGAGAGCCAAAGGUGAGAAUCAGUAUCACAAAUCGAUCCUUAUCGGUCAGUCCACCAUCAAUCGUUGAUGAUUCCCGAGAAAAGUCAGUCCGCUUUAACCAGCAAGCGAGGAAAGCAAAUGCUACUUCUCAAGCCACCUCUCGACAAGACCUUCAUAAAGCAUACAGAUACGUUGAGCCGCUUCACUCUGCUGCUCGUUACGAAUCUCCGCCAAGAUCUGUUCGUUUCUCAAAAGAGUCUCUUCCAAGCUUACGUACGAAAGAUCAUGCUCAGCGCAGACGUACUGAGCGUGCAUAUCCUGAGCGUACUUACGAUGAUGACAUUCAUGAGCAAGUACAUGAACAUGUUCCUCGUCGUCGCUCCGAUGAAGAUAUUAUCGUGGUUGAAACCGAACAUGAACAGCCUGAAUCUCGACGUGGGCCAAGAAAUCUGCCUCGCCGUGUCCCGCGCUCCUCUGACGAAGACUUCAUCGUUGUCGAGACCGAACAUGAAUUUCCCAGAUCUCGAUUUGAAUCUAGACACGAUCUAAGGAGACCACAAGAGAGACGUCGCAGUCCUCCACUUACCCCCAUCAGGACUCGAGAAACAUAUAUUACCUCUAAAGUUGAUCAGCAUGGCAAUGAGACGCAGUAUAAAUGGACUACUACAAGCCGAACAAGUUCAAGCUUAAGCUCUCUGAGGAGUUUCGAGCCAAGUAUUCGACGUGCUUCUUCAGAUAUCUAUCAUCCUUCAACCAUUCGUUGUUCUUCAGAUUCUAGUGAAGAGUUUAAUAGAGCUUAUGAAAUGGCUCAUCAGAAUUUGCCAAACCCAGGACCUCGUCGUCGUCAACGUAGCUCAUUCAAAAGUUAUGGAAACUUUAUGGAUGGCACCAAGACACCUCCUCGAGCGCCAGACCCACCAACCUCGAACGGUAAUUGGGACCCCAGAUAUGUGUCCAGAAGCAGAGAUUGUUCAACUUCUCAGAGUAAUUUACCUAAAGUUCCUCAACAUCAGAGCACUCCUCGGAACAAUCAGGCAUGGAUGAAUGCAUCGACAAUCGAUCAGCUUGAUCAACCCUUGGAACAGAAUCGAAAAUCACGAGUUCAUUCUCGAUCAUCUUAUUCUCAAUCUUCUGGCUCAAUGGUCACUCAAUCGGAUUCUUUCACAACAACAUCAACACCAGCUGGCUUAUAUGAACUUAGUGUUUCGGACUCUACACGUUUAUCCAUGGUCUCUCAGCCAGUUUCUAUUCGCGACACUACAGACAGUGGGAAUGAAAUUGAAUCCACUAUCGCCGCCCCGAGUACAAAGGCAAUUCUCAAAAAGAAGCCAGUUAUUGAACCUAGCCGUCGUAGUUAUGAACGUGCUGAAAUUCCAGAUUCCAAAGUCGACGAUAAGAGCCAUGCUGUCCGCUCUACCUCCCAGAAGUACAGGGAUCAAAUUGGAAGCUAUACAGCCUAUGUUGAGUACGGUAAUGCAGCAGUGGCUGCCAACGAAACAAAUCACCACAACGCUAGUAAUCGCACUCGAAACGUUGCAGGCAAAGAUGAUAAUGCUACCAUCGUUGACGACGCUACUGAUCUCACUCUCCGAACAGCUCGUUCUAAGACCGCUGUGCUUGAUCGUGUCAAGCUUCGACGCCGAGUAUCUUUUCAAGAAAACCCUGAGUAUUCGGCUACUCCUAAGCCAUCUAGAGAGAAUUCUUGGGCCGAGACUACCAAUAAUGAUGCGGAGCAAUCAUAUGGUGGCAAUACCUAUACCAAUAAUCAAUCUUGGGAUGCUAAUGCAGAUCAAUCCUAUAGCGCUACUAGUAACAAUACCGAAACCGUCCUUCCGGAUAUAGGCGGCUACAAUGGUGGCGCUAGUGUCAAAUGCAAUCCCUUGGAUUUCAGCGGAGGUGGUUUUGCAUCUACUCCUACACCGAAGUCCAAAACCGGUACAGGAGGGGAUGGUAAUACUGAUGGCAAUGGCAAUGGCAAUAAUAAGAAUAAGAAGGAAGCUGAUGAUGAUGAUGAUGACGAUAGCUGGGGACCCAUCCCUACAUUUUCUUCUCUCAAACUUUAA